CCAUCAUACACACACGUACAAGUUAAAUAAAAAAAAAAGAAUGAGCUCACGCUACUUGAUGUUGAUGACAGCAGUACCUGUGUGUUACUUUGCGGGAUACGCUUAUCGAGAAUAUUAUGAUCCUGAUCAGUCCAUGACUACCCUGCACCGGAAACCGGAAACACUUUCUGACACUCUUAUCGAUAGUCGUCUAAAAACACUCGAAGACUCUAAACAGAAAGUGAUGCAACAACUCUCUGAGCUGGAAUCACAUCGAGAGAAACUGAAGAAUACUGCAGGGCGGGAUACGGAUCUUCCAGGACGAUUGUGGUGAAUACCAUUUCAAUAUUUCUUCAACAUCAACAUCAACGUCAACAUCAGCAACAUCCCCAAGGCUUUCAUAAUUAUAUAUUUUCAGGCCAACGUUCAAUAGCAUACUUCGUAUGACAGCUCCAUUAUGAAAAACAGAGUCUCAUGAAUGGCACAAUUUUGUAAAUCAGUUAAUAAAAUACCUCGCACAAGAAUGAAUAGUUCUCAUAGG